AUGUCACAGUGUUGUCCAGGGCACUCAGUGGCCCUGAUUGCUUUCCACCAUCCCACAGCUGCCACCUUCAUGGAGCACUGGAAACGGAAGCAGAUGAGACUCAACUAUCGCUGGGACCUCACAGGUUUCGAGGAGGAGGAGGAAGCUGUCAAGGAUCAUCCCAGAGCAGAGUAUGAAGCCAGAGUCUUAGAGAAGUCACUGAGAAAAGAAUCCAGAAACAAAGAGAAGCGCCGGAAUGGUCCAGAAGAACCGACCAACAAAUGGAAGCAGAGGGUUAGGACAGCCAUGGCAGGGGUGAAAUUGACAGACAAAGUGAAGCUGACCUGGAGGGACCGCUUUCCAGCCUAUUUCACCAACCUUGUCUCCAUCAUCUUUAUGAUCGCAGUGACAUUUGCCAUCGUGCUGGGAGUUAUUAUCUAUAGAAUCUCCACGGCUGCAGCCUUGGCCAUGAACUCCUCCCCUUCAGUGAGGUCCAACAUCCGGGUCACGGUCACGGCCACUGCUGUCAUCAUCAACCUCGUGGUCAUCAUUCUACUGGAUGAGGUUUAUGGCUGCAUUGCCAGGUGGCUCACCAAGAUUGAGGUCCCGAAAACAGAGAAGAGCUUCGAGGAGAGGCUGACAUUUAAAGCCUUCCUGCUCAAGUUCGUGAACUCCUACACUCCCAUCUUCUACGUGGCUUUCUUCAAAGGCCGGUUUGUCGGACGGCCGGGCGACUACGUGUACAUCUUCCGCUCUUUCAGGAUGGAGGAGUGUGCUCCGGGCGGCUGCCUCAUGGAGCUCUGCAUCCAACUUAGCAUCAUCAUGCUGGGCAAGCAGCUGAUCCAGAACAAUCUCUUCGAGAUCGGCAUCCCGAAGAUGAAAAAGUUCAUCCGCUACCUGAAGCUUCGCAGGCAGAGCCCCUCGGACCGUGAAGAGUAUGUGAAGCGGAAGCAGCGCUAUGAGGUGGACUUCAACCUCGAACCCUUUGCAGGCCUCACACCCGAGUACAUGGAAAUGAUCAUUCAGUUUGGCUUUGUCACCCUGUUUGUUGCAUCCUUCCCUCUGGCUCCACUGUUUGCCCUGCUAAACAACAUCAUUGAGAUCCGCCUGGAUGCCAAAAAGUUUGUCACUGAGCUACGGAGGCCAGUAGCCAUCAGAGCCAAAGACAUAGGCAUCUGGUAUAACAUUCUCAGAGGCGUCGGGAAGCUGGCUGUCAUCAUUAAUGCCUUUGUGAUCUCUUUCACGUCUGAUUUCAUCCCUCGCCUAGUGUACCUCUACAUGUACAGUCAGAAUGGGACCAUGCACGGCUUUGUCAACCACACACUCUCCUCCUUCAACGUCAGUGACUUCCAGAAUGGCACGGCACCCAAUGACCCACUGGACCUGGGCUAUGAGGUUCAGAUUUGCAGGUACAAAGAUUACCGUGAGCCCCCAUGGUCAGAACACAAGUAUGACAUUUCUAAAGACUUCUGGGCUGUCCUGGCUGCCCGGCUGGCAUUUGUCAUCGUCUUCCAGAACCUGGUGAUGUUCAUGAGUGACUUCGUAGACUGGGUGAUCCCUGACAUCCCCAAAGACAUCAGCCAGCAGAUCCACAAAGAGAAGGUUCUCAUGGUGGAGUUGUUCAUGCGUGAGGAGCAGGGCAAGCAGCAGCUACUGGACACGUGGAUGGAGAAGGAGAAGCCGAGGGACGUGCCUUGCAACAACCACAGCCCCACAACCCGGCCAGAGGCAGGUGACGGCAGCCCAGUCCCCAGCUACGAAUACCACGGGGGCGCACUGUAGCCUUAAUGGCAGCCCAACAGGCCAGCAGGCUUCUGACCAUCACCAAGUGACCACCAGUUUCCUCCAGAGCCAGCACUUUUAGCCCCACCAGGGCCUGUGGCUCUUGUGUUGUCUGCACACGUGGAGGGCCACUCUGAUGUGACAACGGUCUUCUUUCUUCUUUCUGUUUCUUCUCAUUUUUGCACAAUGCCAUUAAGCAGGGACAUUUUUAUCUUUAGUAUUCAAUGCCAAGGAUGGCUGGUGACAGGGCUGAAUGGGACGAGGGCAUAUUCCACAGACCCAUGGUGGGGACAUAAAGCCCACCACCACAGUGGUAAGGGGCCAAGGCCCUGAGUCUGCAUUUUUUGUCUGAAGGAUGCCUUGGGAUAGGUACAGAGUGGUGUCCAGGAACCUGGUGGCAUUUUGCAGGAGGAUGAAUGACUUAGACUCAGGCUCCUGAAGAUGUCACCUGCUGUAGUUGAACAAGCUGGAUGACUUCACUGUCUUUCCUUAUGGGAGCUCAGAGGAACAGACCUGGCUACCCAAACAGUAACACAUGGUGGCUUCAUACUGUGUGCCAGAAAAAACUGAGGGGUACAGGUGCCCCCAGUUGACCAGCACCCUUGUGUCCCUGGCAGGUAGGCUCCACACCAGCCACUCAAGGGCCCCUCACACCAAGAUGAUGUCCUUCUUGUGAGACAAGCUGGGGUGACAGGCAGACAUCUCUAAAAAGGCUGAAAGGCUUCACCAAGCCCCAAGGCCUCCAUGGGUUCCUUUGCCUCUUUUUAGAACAUCUAUUGGUUUUUGUCUAAAAAAAGAAAAAAUCAAUAAUGUGGUGGAUCUGAGGGAUUUUCUUUCUGUAGCUCAAGGUGGAAGGAGUUUAUUUCAUUAGUUAACCAAAUGUGGAGAGGAAAUUAGAGUAUCGUUACUACCAAAGAUUUUUCUCAAUAAAGGCUUCUAUUUUGGUAACACGCCUAUAUUUUCACUCACAGGGACAUGAGAUCCUUGGCACUUGCCAUUGUAAUAGCCUCUAAAACAAGCCUCAUGAACCAGCUUCAGCUGGUGUGCUAACCAGCUGUGGGAGGUCUCUCAGCACUGUAGCCCCAAGUGUCUCCCCCAAGCUGGAAGAGGCAACUCCCUACACUUGCCUUAGGGCAAGGCUGACAGCCUGUAGUUGGAAGCUGGGGUCCAGUCAUGGCCUUCAAAGGUUUUUACUGUCUGCUAAAAUCAUGAGACCUGAUGCUUCUGUUUUCUCUCGUGCCGUGAAGUGGUUUCCAGUGAUGUUUUGUACAUAGCUACCAUAUCCAAAAUUAGGUAAUUACCAAAAAUUCUUUUACAGAAACCAUUUUUUAAAAAAACAAAAACAAAAAAAAAAAAACAAAAACAA